AACCGGAAAAGUCCGAGCCCGAACCAAAACCUCUUAGUAUUAGUUUGCUUGUCAACGAAGAAUAGAACAAGCUACAAAGCCAACAGAACACAGAGGGGUUUUCGUUUUGUUUUUUUUUUUUGAAAGAAAGAAGAAAGAGAGGAAAGGCUGGUUCUAAUAUUGGCAAUGGAUCCUAAAUUUAUUGAGGUUUCACAGCUGUUUGAUCGAUUCAAAGCUGCCUUCGUCCGCAACGAUUUGGAUACCUGUGCUAAUCUUCUCUCUCAGCUCAAGGUCUCAUUGACUGGAUUUAAGAGUCUUCCUCCAUUAUUUGAGAACACACCAAAUGCAAUCCGCGAGUUAUCGCUAGCAAGAGAUAUUUAUGAACAUGCAGUCGUUUUGAGUGUCAAGAUUGAGGAUCAGGAUGCCUUUGAGAGGGAUUUCUUUCAGCUCAAACCUUACUACACUGAUGCCCGAGGUCGUCUAUCACCAUCUCCUCAGGAGUACCCAAUCUUAGGCCUUAACCUUUUGAGACUACUUGUGCAAAAUAGAAUUGCUGAAUUCCAUACAGAACUGGAGCUGCUUUCUCCAAGUGCACUGGAGAAUCCUUGCAUCAGGCAUGCUAUCGAAUUAGAGCAAUCUUUCAUGGAAGGAGCUUAUAAUCGUGUCUUAAGUGCUAGACAGACUGUACCUCAUGAAACUUAUGUUUAUUUCAUGGAUCUGCUAGCGAAGACAGUCAGAGAUGAGAUAGCUGGCUGCAGCGAGAAGGCAUACGACAGUCUUUCAGUUAAGGAUGCACGACAAAUGUUGUUGUUUUCUUCAGACAAAGAAGUUUUGGAAUAUAUUAGAGAGGAUCACCCUGACUGGGAGAUAAAGAAUGGGCUUGUGAUUUUCCAAAGAGCAAAAGAAUCUGCACCUUGCAAGGAGAUACCUUCUCUGCAGCUCAUCAAUCAGACACUCAGUUAUGCAAGGGAGCUGGAGCGGAUUGUUUGAUAAAUGAAUGUCCCUCUCUGUCUUUGUGUUUCUAAUUGAUCUUUACCUUCCUUUUUCUUUUUCGGGAUUUUCUCUGUAUCUGGGUGCUUGAAGCUUCGGCAAAACACCUUCCAUAUGAUUAAAUACAAGAAAGAUUCCAAAUUCCUAGGAUUCCAUAUGAUUGAGCCUUUUGUCAA